AUGGGCGUGCUUGAGAAAUUCAAGAUACCCAAACCCAACGAUGAAGCCGGCGCCUCAUGGCCCGCCAUCGCAAUGGGCUUCUUCGUCGCCUUUGGUGGUGUCCUCUACGGAUACGAUACCGGUACCAUCAGCGGCAUCAUGGCCAUGCCCUACUGGAAAGACCUCUUCAGCACCGGCUACCGCAACGCCAGCGGUGAUCUUGACAUCACAACCUCGCAAGAGUCGGCCAUCGUGUCCAUCCUCUCAGCAGGCACCUUCUUCGGCGCCCUUGCCUCACCUCUGCUGUCUGAUUCCUUUGGUCGUCGUCCUGCCUUGAUGAUCUCGACCUGGGUCUUCAACCUGGGUGUCGUGUUGCAAACGAUUGCCACUGCCAUCCCCAUGUUCCUCGCCGGUCGAUUCUUUGCUGGCUUUGGUGUCGGUUUAAUCUCUGCUCUGAUCCCCCUCUACCAGUCCGAAACAGCCCCCAAAUGGAUCCGCGGCGCCAUCGUCGGCGCCUACCAACUCGCCAUCACAAUCGGCCUCCUCCUCUCCGCCAUCGUCAACAACGCAACCUCCAACCGCCCCGACUCCGGCAGCUACCGCAUCCCCAUCGCCGUCCAGUUCGCCUGGUCCCUCAUCCUCUUCUUCGGCAUGCUCUUCCUGCCCGAGACCCCCCGCUACCUCGUCCGCUCCGGCAAGCUCGACAAGGCCACCGCCGCCCUCUCCCGCAUCCGCCGCCUGGCCAACGACCACCCCGCCGUCGUCGCCGAGCUCAGCGAGAUCAGGGCCAACCUCGAGUAUGAAAACGGCCUCAGCAAGGCUACCUACCUCGACUGCUUCCGCCCGCCCAUCCUCAAGCGUCAGUUCACCGGCAUGGCCCUACAGGCCUUGCAGCAGCUGACAGGCAUCAACUUCAUCUUCUACUACGGCACACGCUACUUCCAGAACUCAGGCGUCUCCAGCGGCUUCACAAUUUCCAUGAUCACCUCCGCCAUCAACGUCGCCUCCACCAUCCCCGGCCUCCUCGCCAUCGACCGCUGGGGCCGCCGCCCCUUACUCCUCACGGGAGCCAUCGGCAUGUGUGUCACCCAGCUCAUCGUCGCAAUCUGCGGCGCCGUGUCCACCGGCCAGCGCGACAACGGCGACAUCUUCGUCAAGAACCUCGCCGGCCAGCAGACCGCCGUCGCCUUCGUCUGCAUCUUCAUCUUCUUCUUCGCCUCCACCUGGGGCCCCCUCGCCUGGGUCGUCACCGGCGAGAUCUUCCCCCUCAACACCCGCGCAAAGUCCCUCAGCAUGACCACCGCCACCAACUGGCUGCUCAACUGGGCCAUCGCCUACUCAACCCCUUAUCUCGUCAACUACGGCGAGGGCUUCGCCAACCUGCAGUCCAAGAUCUUCUUCGUCUGGUUCGGCGCCUGCUUCCUCUGCAUCGCCCACGUCUGGUUCUUCAUCUACGAGACCAAGGGGCUCAGCUUGGAGCAGGUUGACCAGCUCUACAGCGAGGUUUCGAAUGCUCGCAAGUCUACUACCUGGGUGCCUUCCGAGACAUGGGAGCAGCACCAGCAUGCCGCCGUGGCCUCUGAUGGUACAACUAUAACACCAAAGGAGGAGUCUGCUGCAAAGGGCCUCGACACGGCCCAUGUUGAAGAGAAGGAUAGAAACGCCACAGUCGGAGAGGAGAUGUCAUAA